AUGGCGAAAGCUUCCCAUACAUUGCAAAAAGGUGCUGUCGUCCAGCACACCGCCAAAGCCCAUAACCUGAAAGGUCAACUGCCUGAAGGGAGGAUGGAAUCUUUGGCAACAACCAUUCGUUUCAUCACGCUGAACUGCCGAACACUAUCGAGUGAACCCCAACAAGCCGCUCUAUCCAGACUUCUGCGAUAUCUCUGUGUGCCUCUUGCUGCACUGCAGGAAACACGCAUGAGAGGUCGGCCCGUCAUCAGCCUUGAAAAUUACACCAUAUACUGCGGUGAUGCUGAUAAGAACAAAGUAGGUGGCUGCGCGAUAGCUGUGAGGAACGAUUACAGGAACCUGGUGGAGAAAUUUGGCUCAACGUCGUCUAGAUGCGCCUUUCUACGACUGCGGGAUAGCAGAGGACAAAAACUCUGGAUCGUAAGUGCUCACGCACCUACGGAGACCGCUGAGGACAACAGUAAGGACGCCUUCUAUGAUGAACUCAAUGCGUUGAUGUCUAAAAUACGAAGCCAGCAGGUGGUCAAUCGACGCAAAUGCGAAGAUGGAACUCGAACAGCAAUCCGAUGUGCUAAGAAAAUGGUACUAUGCAGCGGAGCGCACGUCGGACAACGGUGA